UUUCUCCCUCUCUUCUUCCGUUUACGGCCAUCUCACCCAAUCGGGCCAAGAACAACACGUCGACCGAGAAUUCCGAUCGCCGGCCUCAGCCAUCCCAUGAUCUCCGUCUUACGGCGAUGCCAUCAAGCAGAUGGAAGAAGGCCAUUGCCGCCGAUGGGCUUCUCUCAGGUCUUCGUUCAAAGAGCAGCGGCUCUCUCGUUGUUCAAACAGGCUUCCCCACUUCCCUCGCUGACCUCAUUGUUAAAAACCACGGCCGCCUAAAGAAAUCUUCCCGCAGUAACAAUAAGAAACCCUCGCCCUCCUCCGAGGUCCCACGGCUUCCGGCACCCGAGUGCCGUUCAGCCGCUCCCGUGAUUGAAAACCCUAGGUCUGCUGAUCGAAGUAUGAAUGCCAGGCCUGGAAUUCAGUUUCUCAUUGUAAAUUUGAUUCUUUUGGUGGCUUUGGUGAUCGGAAAGAAGAAGCUUGUUGUAGGGAUUACGAUUUCUGCUUUUACGCUCUUGAUUCUCGAAAUUUGUGGGCGUCGCGGUUGGAGAUUCCUGAAGCCUUGUCCGGAAGCGAGAAAGAGGUUGGAUUCGUUGAUUUGGAGUUUCGAUUUGGGAGGAAGAGAUUGGGCGUCUCCGAUUCGGGAAAUCGAUGCAGGCCUUCGUGCUGAUUUGUCGGUUUCUGGUGGAACGGCCGAAGAAUCGAGGAUUAAAGAUCCGAGCUGCGAGUUACUCCCGGAAAGCUGCGAUUUUGGAAAGGUUUGCAGCAAGCGGAAAUUGGGAUCUUCAGGUGAUUCUAAGGUUAAGAAGCUACUGAGAAAAUUCGUGCUUAGGAAAUUCCAUGGAAUUAGAGAACCGGAAAAAUUUCCUCAUUGCGUUGAAGCCACAGAGGAAAAACCAUGCGAGACAGAUUUAUUAGAGAAGCAAGAGGAAGAAAGUGGUAGUGAUGAUGAAGCCGGGAGCUUCAAAACUUGUUAUGGUGAUUUGUGUGAUGGAGACGAUACACAUAGGACAAAAAUAAAUGUGGAUGAAAAUAAAUCCGGCAGAAUCUACGAGUUUGUCUUCUUUUUAAUCGUUUUAUGUGGUCUUGUAAGAGGCAAGCUUAUUGCAUUAUUGCUGGCAAUGGUUUGGUGUGUUCUCUACAAACUCAUCAUCGUAGUGAGGAGUAAAAGGAGGAGGCGAUAAGCUCACGCCAUUGUUUUACAAUUUGAAAUCAAUUGGUUUUCCGCUCAUCUAUACUAUGAAACUGCAAGGAUUCUAUCUGCAAAGGUGAAAGAAGAAUAACUACUUUAUACUUGUUUUUUGUUUAAUGAAUUGAACUUGAAAAGGAAGACUUGCUCCAUAGUUUUUCUGAUGACAUCCUGUUGAAUUUUAAUGGAAUAUACGUUGAAACU